AUUUAUGCCAUCUCAUCCCUGCAAUGAAUGACUAUUUUGAUCUUAUGUCUGUAUCUGAAGAAGAUAUAAAUAAAUCAGAACUAGUUUUUAUUUUAUAUGAAUCUUUUGCAUUGUCCAACGAAGAACAAGUAAGAGCUACAGGACAUUAUUACAAUAUGUUAGUGUUUAGCAACAUUGCUGUUUAUAUGGGUUCUGGACCAAAAGAAUUUGAAACAUUUAAUGGCUAUUGUUUUGCAAAAGUAAUGUAA